UCAAACAGAUUGGGUGAGUGAAAACCGGAAAACCGGGUACUGGGUAGUUGCUAAAUAGACCCAGAGAUUAAAAAAUGGUACUCCUCGAGAUAAAUCCUCUACUCAAAGCAAUCAAAAUCUGGGGAAAGAAAUAAAUAGGUGGGAGGAAUCUUACAGCGUCAAAAAUCGGGUGUGCUGUUGCUUUUCCACCAGAAAUCUUAGUGCCCCAGUUCCAUCUGAAAACCCCCGAAAGCCAAGCAAUUGCCAGCUUAUUUCUUGUGGUGUUUUGUGAUCUGUAGAUUCAAGGGAACUCACUUUUUUCUCUUGGGUUUUAAGGAUUUCAUGCUAUUAGGAGUAUAAUAGCGCGGAUUACUUAGUGGGAACAGUUAAUAGUUUGUACUAAUCCCCCUGCUUCCUGUUGAUCUGUGAGUGGAAGCCAUGACUGACAGAGUAUAUCCUGCAAACAGGCCAGGGGUACAGAAUCUGAAUGGAGCUUACACUAAGGGUCAGGCUUAUGGAGCUUCAUUGCCCCGAUACAGACCACAGCCUGCAAAGCCGAAGAGAAGCAGGGGCUGCUUGUGCUGCCUCUGGAUUACUGCAAUUAUAGUCAUUCUGAUUUUGCUUGUGGCCAUUGCUGCUGCUGUGUUAUGGCUGCUUUACAGGCCCCAGGAGCCCAAGUUUUCAGUGAGUUCAUUGCAGAUCUCCAAAUUGAGUGUUACCAAGAGUACCCAUCUCGCAUCUGAAAUCCUCCUGCAGUUAACUGCUAAGAAUCCCAAUAAGAAGGUCACAUUUGAUUAUGAUGAUUUCAAUGUUCAGAUCUCAUCAGGUGAUGCAGAUCUGGCAGAUGGGUCUGUCCCUGGUUUCUUCCAGGGGAAGAAGAACACCACCAUUGUCAAGGCUGAUCUCAAAACCCAAGAUUCAGUGCUUGCUGCAUCAGAUGCCACAAAGCUCAAAUCAGCUCAAUCAAAGGGGAAGAUGACAGUGGACGUUAAUCUAGAUUCCCAUAUCAGAGCCAAGCUGGGGAAAUGGAAGACCCAGAAGAUUAAAAUCAAAGUGAAGUGCAGUCAGGUUCCUGCUGUCAUUUCCAAGACCAAAAAGGCCUCCACCAGUACAGAUUCCAAGUGUGAUUUCAGUGUCAAGUUCAAGAUCUUCAAGUGGUACAUAUGAGUAUAAUGUCAGUGCAGAGAAAAAGAGAUGAAAUGGUGCAUGGUUACAGAUCCAGUGAUUGAAAGGUAAUAAAUGGAAGUUUUGGAGCCAGGACAUGGAGAAUGCUAAGGAUUUUGUAAGAUUUAGGUAUCAUACUGGGGAGAUCUGAUGCAAGGGAGUGCAAACUACAGUAGAUUGCAGAAUAUUGGUAGUCUUUACUUCAUUUUUUUAUUUGUUUGCUAUUGUUGUGUGGAAUGGAACAGAUAUUGUAAUGUUAUGUACAGUGUUUCCCUGUCAUAGUGAGAAAUCUUCUGGCUUUGUAGAUGGAGAAUAGGUACUCUACAAAAUAAUUGUGUCUGUAAGGAGUAGAUGAACUCUGUAAAAUCUCUUCCUGAUCUCAGGUAGCAGACAUAUUUGUCCUUUGCAUCUGACAUAAGAUAUUCAUAUCAUGAUGCCCAUGAUGUUGUUCAUUUAUUGAAAAAAACAAAUUAGCUUCA